AUGGACAACAUGUCGAAAUAUAUAUCUUGCAAGCUACUAGACUGCUGUGAAUCAAAUGAGAUUAGGGAACAGAAACUUAUGAACAAGUUAAUCGAUCUCGAGAUACGCAAAGAAAAGAAAAGGACGAAAUGCGAGGUUAAACUCUUGCUUUUGGGGACGGGAGAGUCCGGAAAGUCAACAUUUAUCAAACAGAUGCGUAUUAUCCAUGACAAUGGCUUCUCGGAGACAGAAAAACUUAAAUACAUCAAACUGGUUUUCCAGAACGUAUUUAUGGCCAUGCAGUCAAUCAUUAAGGCCAUGAACCACCUGCAGAUUUCCUAUGGUCAGAAGGAGCAUAUCGAACUGGCUGAUCUGGUGAUGAGCAUCGAUUACGAGAAAGUCUCCACCUUGGAGGAUCCUUACUUGAAAGCCAUCAAAACGCUUUGGGACGAUGCUGGCAUCCAGGAGUGUUACGGUCGUCGUAGGGAAUACCAGCUUACUGAUUCCGCCAAAUACUUUUUGAGCAGCUUGGCUCGAAUUGAAAAGGAGGAGUACUUGCCAACCGAUCAGGAUAUCCUUCGUGUUCGAGUGGCGACAACUGAUAUUCAUGAGUAUCCAUUUAAUUUAAAUGGCCUUCACUUAAGUAUGGUGGAUGUCGCAGGUCAGCGAUCUGAGAGAAGGAAGUGGAUUCACUGUUUUUCGAAUGUGACAGCAAUUAUAUUUUUGGCAGCGCUAUCGGAAUACGAUCAAGUCUUGUUUGAAUCUGAAAAUGACAAUCGAAUGGAAGAAUCCAAAUGUUUAUUUAAGACCAUAAUUCACUUUGAUUGGUUUCAAGAUAAGUCUGUUAUUCUUUUCUUAAACAAAAAUGACUUGUUGGAGGAGAAAAUAGAGCAUUCACAUUUGGUAGACUAUUUUCCUGAUUACGAUGGUCCCAAAAGAGAUGCUAUUGCGGCCCGUGAAUUCAUACUUAGAAUGUAUGAUGACUUAACGAAAAGACCUAAGAAACCUGAUAUAACAAUUUAUCCACAUUUUACCGUUGCCACAAAUACGGAAAAUAUUCGGUUUGUAUUUGCAGCCGUAAAGGACACAAUUCAGGAAUCGUACAUGAAGGAGUUUAACAUGGAAUAAACUAGAUGGAUUUUAGCACAUUUUUAUUGUGUUUUUGAUUUUGUAAUCACUGAUGUUUUGUAUUCAAGCUAGGAAUAGCUAAGCCUUCCAAAUCAGGGAUUUU